AUGGAGUCCAGGACAAGAAACCUGGGAGCAGAGAACAAACACAUACAGCAGGGAAACGAGGUUAAAGUAAACUGUGUUCUGCUCCUGAGCCCCUAUCUACUCACGGCCAGCAGAGGUUUCCUCCACCUGAUGCCCCAUUUCUUACACACUGGGAUGGACUGCAGUACUUAUGAGCUGGAUACCCUGGAGGUCCCUCCUCUCACCCCAACCAGUAAGGAGGUCCUGAGCCAGGCUGUGAAGGCCAGUUUUGCUGGAUUUGCCCAGGAGAGACUCUACCAUCACUUUCCACAGGAUCCUAAAUUGUGGUCUGAGUGGGAGGUGAACGUCUGGCUGGACUGGUGCCAGGCUGAGUUUGGUCUCCACUGCCGGGGUUCAGACCUGAGAGGCAUGCAGGGUAGUGAGCUGUGUGGCCUGGACAGAGAGUCUUUCCUGGAUCUGAUGUCCGACUGCACUGCAGGAGAGAUCCUGUGGGAGCACCUGGAGACCAUGAGGAGAGAAAACUACAUGGACUGUGUCCAGGAGCAUUCAGACAAACAUAGUUACCAUGUCCAGUAUCAUUCCACUGAGAGGACAGACCUUCACACCCUGGACCCUGUGACUGUGCAACAUCAAGACCACUACCUGUUCAAAACAGGAGACCCCAGCAGGAACAUGAGUGCUGCUGCUCUGCUGCGGGAAACAGGAGGGAAUGGAGAGACAGACUUAGAAGUGGAGAUUGCUCACAGUGACGACUCUGAUAUUGUGGGCUCUCUAUCAUGGACUGGUCCACUCCAGGAUCUAGAGGCAGUGACAGAAGAGAUCAUGUCUGAAGAUGUCUUCACUUUACCACAGCCACACAGGAGCUUCAAAGAAUAUGUAGACACCAAAACAGACCUGGGCGGAGCCGCUGCUGUCCUUGCUGGUUACAUUGGUGAGGGUCCCAUUCAGCUGUGGCAGUUUCUGCUGGAGCUUCUCACAGACCGCAGCUGUCAGUCAUGUAUAAGCUGGACAGGAGACGGGUGGGAGUUCAAGCUGACUGAUCCUGAUGAGGUGGCCCUGCUGUGGGGUCGGAGGAAGAACAAACCCAAGAUGAACUACGAGAAGCUGAGUCGCGGUCUACGAUACUACUACGACAAGAACAUCAUCCGCAAGACGGCUGGCAAGCGCUACGUCUACCGUUUUGUCUGCAACCUGCAAAGCCUGCUGGGAUAUGAGCCUGGGGAGCUGCACGCCAUAUUGGACAACAGUAACAAGAGUCACUAA